GUAGAGCAUCCGAUUUGAUCAGACAAACGAUCAUGCAGUUGAUUGGACCCAACUCUUCUCCUGUCCAGGAAGAUGACGAAUCGUCCCCCGAACUUGUUCUGACUCAAGAGGAUAAGGGUUUGACAGAUGAGCAGAGAGAAGAGCUUUUUACAGUUAUUUUUACCAGAGGAGGAAGAGUCCCAGUGAUCGGCAAACCCGACUGGAAUAUAAUUAUUCACAAGUCGCCGGAGAACGGGAUAAUCCACCUGUGUAUCGAGUAUUUGAGCAACCAUAAAAGGGGCUUCCUUUAUAAAGCUGAGAGGUUAUGUACCAAGCGAAAUUGCUAUCAGAACAAGAACACAUUAUCGAGUGACGUUUUACCUAAAUGUCUCCUGCACAGAGAUCGGUGGAUGUACAGCGUGGCGACAGUUACGGAUUACGAGGAGAGAGAUGUUCUGGUGCAAAUUCACACGAAGUUUGGAAUUUCUUAUCCGUUUAAUUCGUUAGACUUGGACAAACAUUUGCAGGCACAAUUGUAUGUUGGAAAAAAUGUUCUGCACUAUCAAACGUGGAAGGAUUAUAGUGACCAAAAAAAGGUCAAAAACAGUCGUCUCAUCCCCAAGGUUCUCUCCAUCAACCACUUUGAAAACGAGGAGGAUGCUUUAAAACGGCUGUCAUUUGAGACGACUAUAGGAAUGUUUAUGAAACUCGCCCCAAGUACUCCUUUCGUCAAUUUGGACAAUCUCAUCCCCCUGUGUCACGGUAUGGAGCGAGAAAUCGAUGAGCGACUGAAAGAGAUGGGGAUGGAGUUGAAAAUUCGUCGUCAAUUAACACCGGAUGAGAAGAAGGUACUGGAAUAUCCCCUCGGAGAGUAUCUGUACGGAUCAGGGGCAGUUUCAGAACAGAAGGCAGAAAAGGGAAAGGCAUUUCUCUAUGUCAUUCAUAGCAGAGACAUGUGGUAUUUUGGCUGGAGUGACACGCCUGGAUUCCAGAAUCGACUGAAAAGAGAUGAGAAGACUGAUGGUGCUAGUAUGUAUAAGAAGAUUACGGAAGAAAGAGCCAAACUGAGUGGAAUGCGAGCCCCCACAAUUACCUGCUCUCUUUUAGCAAAAUGUGACAAAAAGGAAGCGACGAAGAUCGAGGCUAAGAUGAUAAUUUCUGGCUAUAUUGCCUAUUUGUUAGGAUGUCACAAUCCCCUCCGCCGCCUCCCUUCUAGUCAAUGUUAUUCUACGAAUAAGUGUGUCUCUCUAAGUCUCAUUGAUUCUGAUUCAUGGGGUGAAAUUGUUGAUUUUGUAAAGUUUUUUUGGGGGGUGGAGCCAAUGUUGGCUAAAUUUUAGUGAUUAAUAUGGAUUAUUGUUAUCACCUUAUACAUUUGUAAUAAAUUAAUGAAUUAAUUCUCGCAAA